AUGGACUUAGUCAGCUUACCAUGCAAGGCUUGGGUUACAGCCCAGAGAUAUUACAAAUGGAAAUCAUUACCAGCAAACAGUUACCCAUACUGUAAUAUACCACCACAUCAAAGAAAGGCGUUUAUGGAAACAUAUGAAGAGUAUGCACGACAAAAUACAGAAGACGAUGUAAAAGAAAUGUACACAGAGGAUAAAUUAAGAAAAUGGCAGAAGGCAUGCAUCAGAAUACUUAAGGAGACGGAAGAUCGUGAAGUGGUGUGGAUAUAUGAUAGAGACGGAGGUGCUGGAAAGACCUAUCUCUGCAAACAUCUCAAUGCAGUAGAAGGGGCCGCAAUCUUUCAGAACGGAAACAGUAAGGAUAUCAGUUACGCCUACAAUGGAGAGAAGAUAGUGUGUUUUAAUUACACAAGAGAUGACGAAAAGUUAGUUAAUUAUGCAAUCCUGGAAAACUUAAAGGACGGAUAUUUAUUCAGUGCCAAAUACGAUAGCAGAACAAAACAUUUCCAGAGCCCCAAGGUGAUUUGCAUGGCCAACUUCGUGCCAGACGAGACCAAAAUGAGUGAAGAUCGGUACUGGAAUUUCCAACUCGUAAAAAAAGAAGAUGAAUACCAAAUGAUUGUAUGUUAA